AUGGCCGGCAACUUUCGAAAACGAGUUUCAGCCCAAGAAUGCACCGUCGCAGAUUUCUACAAUCCCUGGAGCUUCCACUCCCUCUUCUUGUCGGAGCCCGAGUUCGUCCUCGAAUGGAUGAAAAACCAACGGCUUCUGGCAGCUUCGAUGAUCUGCGAAGAAUGUGGGAGUGAGUGCAAGUGGACGUCGAGGAAGGACAAGCAUCAUGGCUUCACUUGGCGUUGUCGUCGCAAGGGGCAUCGUGAGAAGGAGUACGGCAUAACGCGAUACUCGUUCUUUGAUCGUAGCCACUUCGUCCUGCAAGACCUCCUCGAAUUCCUCAGGACGUUCCUCCUGGGUGGGUCGCUGAAGGGUUGUUCCGUUCAAGCCGGGAUGGACUACAAGAAAACUUCGGUAGAUUGGGCGAAUUAUACUCGCGACCUCUUCAAGAAGUUCGUCGACUCCCACUACAACGUCGAAAACCCAGUCAAACUCCAGGGUGAAGUCGAGAUCGACGAGUCCCUCUUCGGCCGACGUUGCAAGUAUCAUCGAGGAGAUGGAAACAAAGGGGUGAAGGUGUGGAUCGUAGGGUUGGUGGAACGAGCCACUAACAAACUGAUCUUGUAUCCUGUCGACGACAGGUCGGAACAGACGCUGCUGUCCAUCAUCAAACGGCACGUCGUCACAGGUUCCACAAUCUUCACCGAUGGAUGGAGUGGAUAUAGCCGGUUAAACGAGGAGGGAUACCGCCACUUCUCGGUGAUCCAUAAAAACCAGUUCAAGGCGGUAUUCGAGGAUGAGGCUACCGGGAGAGAAUGGAAGUAUGUACCAACGCCAUCGAGGGAGCUUGGAAACAUGCAAAAGACCACUUCCGAAAGAUAA